AUGUAUUAUCAGAUUCUUGUUUUGUUUCAGUUUGGACUUGGAUCACUGUUUCCUCAUCAGGAGUUGCGGCCGUAUGAGGCGCUGUACCGUUGCUAUUCAAUUGCAAUGUGCCCGGAACUGGCGUCGACUGAGAAGACCCGAGAAAUGGAGAACGGGGGAAAAACUCGACUUCAUAUCGAGUAUCCUAUGAUGUUCAAACUAACCAAUUGUGAUAAAGAGAGAAGACGGUUCACGCACAGCGGCGUGCUGGAGUUUCAUCAAGAGGAGGGAAAGUGCUACAUACCAUAUUGGAUGAUGCGAAAUCUGCUCUUGUCAGAAGGUGAACUGAUCAAAGUCGAAUAUUCGAAUCUACCGGUAGCCACAUACGUCAAGUUCAAACCGCAGAGCAUGGAAUUUUUGGACAUUACAAACCCUCGUGCAGUUCUCGAGCUUAAACUACGCAGUUUUGCUUGCCUAACGAAGGGUGAUAUCAUAGCUAUCGAAUACAAUAAUAAGGUAAGUCGCGCUCGAGUAUUGCUAUUGCGUUUAUUUCAUUGGAAUCCUCCCGCUGUUACCUAUUAUUUUGUAAGCCCAUCUAGAGUCUUAUUUUUAUCACAUUGGAAUAAGCGGUUAUGUCUGUUAGAAGCUUUAUUCUCUGCGUUGUUUUAUUUA